ACAUUGAAGUUUAAAAUUGUUUGGAUGCGAGUUCACAUUUUACAACCACUACGUUAAAACGUUUGAUUUAUAUAAAGCUUUAAAAACAACGUUGUUGAAAUAUAAGCAUUAUUGCAUUUAAGAAACAAAACAUUAUAGCUAGUUUUUCUACUUUUGACUUUCAUAUUCAUCUGAAACGAUGCCUAAAGUACGUCGUAGUCGAAAACCACCGCCCGAUGGCUGGGAAUUAAUAGAACCAACACUGGAGGAAUUGGAACAGAAAAUGCGUGAAGCUGAAACAGAGCCGCAUGAAGGAAAAAGGAAACAGGAGUCUCUUUGGCCUAUUUUCAAAAUACAUCAUCAAAAGUCUCGGUACAUUUACGACUUAUUCUACAGAAGGAAAGCUAUCAGUAGAGAAUUGUACCAGUACUGUCUCAAUGAGAAAAUAGCAGAUGCAAAUUUAAUUGCUAAGUGGAAAAAGACUGGUUAUGAAAAUUUGUGCUGUUUGAGAUGUAUACAAACUAGAGAUACAAAUUUUGCCACAAAUUGCAUAUGCAGAGUACCAAAAAGCAAGUUGGAGGAAGGAAGAAUUGUUGAAUGUGUUCAUUGUGGUUGCAGAGGAUGUUCUGGAUAGCAUGCAAAGUUAACGGACAAAAGUCUCAUGAGCAGGGAAAGGUUUUCACAAAUUGAGGGUUUGGACUAAACUUAAAUUAAUCUAUGACAAAAGUGAUAACGGUCGAAGUAUUGUACUUGCGAUUUAAUUCAUACAAACUGUAAAUGUUAAAAAAAAUAAAAUAGUUUAAAUAA